UUGACCGAAGCACACUCGCCGCGAAAGGGUGCACGCGGUCCGCCUCGAGUGUUCGCGAGUGACAAUUAAUUAAUUCGAUCGACAAAAGAAUUCGUGAACGUGAAAAUUGUCGACCGGCUUCAAUCGAACCGUGUCUGCAGUGCUUGUGACUCUGAAAAGUGUUGAACGAUCGAACUAGAAACAUGUUUCUCAAGGGUUGUUAUUGUCUUCAAAAGUGAAACACGUUAGUUAUUAACAAAAUGAAAGAAAUUUCCUGUUAGACCUUCGAACAGAAGACCAAAGGAACUUUUCCAAAAAUUUUGUAGUAGAAUUGUUUCUAUUCGUUAUAAAAAGAAGGGAAACAUGUCAGAGAUCAUGGACGAAGAGAAAAGAAGCGAGGCUUCUCCGAAACCUUCUCAAUUAACCCCCUUCAGCAUCGCGGACAUUCUCAGCAGAAGAACUUCAUAUCCGAAUCACGAACGACGGUCUUCGGAGUCUGAAGAAGCGCAGGGAACAUCGUUCACGAAGAAACAUCACCGUGAAUACGAUUGUUCAGAAAACGAAUACAAAGAGGGUCAAUCGGAACAGGAUUCAAAUCAGAUGGCUCGGUUCUCAAGGCUGUCUUCGCCUGAUUUGAGCGUGGCUCGUGAACUGGAUAUACUAACGAGGAACCUGGUUCACGCGAACAUCACAAAUUUUGGAACUAUCCCGCACCUGCCACAGGGAACGUUCAAACACCUCGAGAAUCUGGGGAACAUGGCUGCUUAUCAGCCGGUCAAGGAAUCGAGGGAAUCCUCUCAGAGGCAGCAGGACGAGGCUCUGGACAUGAGCAAGAAUAAAUACUUAGAGGACGGUGAAGAGGAUAUGUACGAGGCACAGAAUCACGGGCAAAAUCUUCAGAGUAGAAAGAAAAGAAGCAGAGCGGCCUUUUCUCACGCGCAAGUUUACGAACUCGAGAGAAGAUUCGCGGCACAGAAAUACCUGUCGGGACCGGAAAGAGCGGAUCUUGCGAGAGGACUGAAGCUAACGGAGACUCAAGUAAAGAUCUGGUUCCAGAACAGACGGUACAAGACGAAGAGACGACAGCAACAGGAAUUGGGCGCCCUGGUUAAUUCCGGAAACGCUAGGCGCGUGGCUGUACGCGUUCUCGUGCAUCCGGACGAGCAUUUGAGGGGAUUGCCACUUCGUGGUUCCGGCCAACUUCCCGGACAAAUGUCAGCCCCGCAAAUUCAUCCGGCGAACAAAGCGCUCAGCGGUUUCCCGUACUACUGUCUCCCCUAUCAUCCCCUGCUCUGCCCACCCCUUCACUCAACUCAUAUUCAGGUACAAAACACGAUCACGCCGGAUCUCGAUCCGAGCCAGUUGGCGAAAAUGAACGACGAGAAAUAAAUCGGUAUCGUUUCGUCGAUAUCGAAACACGCGUUCGUUCGCUAAACACGGAAACUGACCAGUUUAUCAUUUUCUAAAUGGAAUUAUUUAAAUUAUGACAAUCGGGGUGCUUGCGUGGGUGCCCUAAUUAAGUAGCGUUAAAACUAGUCCAUCUGGCGUUGCUCCAUUCUAUUUUCCUUUACUUUAUUCCUUUGAUUUUGUCUCGCUACUAUUUUAUUAGAUAUUAAUUGAGGAAAAUUUGUAUUAUUGAUUUGAUUUAUAUUUUUAUUUCUAAUUAUGCAACGGAUUGAAACUCUUUAUUUAUGUUAUAAAUUCAAAUAACCGACGUAUUCUAACCAUAAUGACACAUCAAUACUGCGAAGCAACGAUUAAACAGCACGAUAUUGAUUAGAACAAUUCACCCCUAUAUGCGUUAAUUGUAAACCUACUUAUAAAUAUAUCUAGGAAGAGGAUCGUGUAAAUUAGUGUGUAAAUAAUUGUAUAAAAUUGAAUUCGAGUCGAAUGGUAUCGGUGAACGGAAUAUUUAUUUAUUCUGAAGCCUCAAGACGUUGUAACGUGAAAUAGCUAUCCUAGAAAAAUCGCGUUUAGAUUAUGUCAGUAGUCCGAGGGUUAAAUUCGAGCGGCUGGGUAUGUUAAAAGGUACGAAGAAUGAUGCGUCCAUAAAACGAAACGAAUUCAAUUAAGAGAUAAAACAGAAGCGUUUAAGAAAGGAUCAACAACGUUCUUGGUGGCUCACGUGCAAUAAAACCGAUCAUCACCGAUACCGAUUUAGCGUAAUUACACUAUUGUUUCUGCGUACCUAUG